AGCCAGCAUCCGACGUCCCUCUAUCGGUAACACAUUUGCUCAGAGUGAUCUAUGUGUGAGCAAGAACCAACCCUUGAACCGACCGACUCACCACCACCACUGCGGAGACCCAGUUUGCCAUGAUGGAGCCGCCGCGCCAAAUGGCGUCCCGCGACAGCACAUCACGCUUCACCCUCCCCACCACAGACCCACUGUCCAAGGAUGCUCUUCACCGCCGCCACGGCGCACCGGCGAGUGCCACGUCAGGUGGCAAGGGAGCCGCUGACGAUGGCACAGGUGGUGCGGGCAGGGGAGAGGCGCUGAUUAAGGGCGGCAAGGGAGCCAAGGAGGAGAGUGGGGCGGAAUCUGACAACUCGCAUGUAAGUCAAGUCCUUCACCGAGUCAGACUGACAACAAACAGACACCGGCGUGAUGGAUGUGGUCGUGUGUGUGUGCGUGUGUGUGUAUGUGCGUGUGUGUGGCCUGUCAGGUCUGCGACUUCUCGUCGGAGAGCUGUCCCCAACCAGAUCGGAAAUUCUGUAAGUUCUCUGUUGCCACACAUACGGCGCCCUCGCCAUGGCAUGGAUCAUCCAUCGGCCGUGUCUCUCUCGUCUUGUGCUGGUGUGUCUCUCUCCUAGGCUACCGUGAUCUUGUGUUUCUGGCCGCGUAUACGUUGGGAUACGUUCUGUUGGUGGGCUUGGCCUCUGUGAGAGUGACGCGAGGCACAAGCACCACAAGUGCCGCGACGUCGACUCUCCCGGCUGUGCUGCGGGAUGGGGUGACGAUGUUUGACGUCAAAGUGUUUGGGGUGGCGUCACUCAUGCUCGCCAUCCUGCUGGCUACCGAGGUGCGCACCGCUCGGACACAGUACAACCACAUGUUGCCAUGGCAGACCGUCGCAUACAUACCGAAUGUGUGGGUGUGGGUGUGGUGUGUGGUGUGUGCAGUUCUUCCCGUUGUUCUUUAGUGGCAUUACGGUUCGCCGUCACCCGAAGGACCCGAAGCUGCGGUAUCUGCGUGAGCUCAGCAGCGUGGGGUUUGUGCUGAAGCUCAUCAUGACCAUCUCAUACAUACUCAUGACCGUGCAAAGUGAGAGAGACCACACUCAGAGAGACCGACACUCCUGCCCUCCACUCACCUGUGUCCCUUGUGUGUGGUGUGGCGUUCUAUCCAUCUCUGUCUGUAUCAGCGUACAACCACUUCCACUGGAUGAGCCAGCCCUUCCCGAAGCCCAGCGCAUCGGCCCCGCCCACUCCCGUGGCAGACAAGGCCACAUCGCUCAUCAUCCCCUCAUCGGAUUACUUCCACGUCAAGCGCAAUGCCACUGGUGCACGCAUGGCCAACGCCACGAGUGCCGCCGGUGGGGUGGUGGGGGGACUGGCGGUGGACUUCCGGAUGGACAUGCGGGGCAAUGUCGACAGCACUGGUGAGUGAGGGAUGCGAUAGUGUCGGCAGAUGGAUGGAUGGAUGGAUCGAUGAAUGAUGGGACGGUCACGGCUCUUCCUGUGUCUGUAUGUGUCACCGGUGCUCAGGCCGUUUGUCGUACGUCCUUCGUGGGAUGCGCUGGGCGGUCGAGGGGCUUGUGCUGACAUACUUCCAUGGUAGGGGUGUAACCCACCACACACACACACACACACGGACAUCUCUCGCCCCCGACCCACCACCACGACCGUCCUGCUGCCUCUUCUCCUGCAUGCCUGCCUGCAGGCACAUUUUCGUUCGACUCAAGCCCAAAGCGCCGCACAGCCGUCCCCUCCUCCCUCCUCUCCCUGCGCCUGGCCCUGAGCUUCUCCCUCCCUCUGGCCAUCCACUACGGCACCCGGCUGCCAUUCGCCGCAUGGGGGGUGUCCUGGCAGCUCGGCGCGCUCGUGUUCGCCCUCAUGUAUGGUGCGCUGUACCUGAUCCUGGCUCUCAAGACGCGGGAAAGACGGGAAAAGGCGGCAGGGAGAGAGGAGGGCGACACAGUGGACCAGCUGUGCAACCGAGUGCUCGUGUGGACGCCCACAGCCAGCCUCACUCUGCAGACGGUCGUUGCGACCGUGUGCCGCCUGCCGCUGGUGCUGCCCAUCUCCCCCCUCGUAUCCAUCCACUCGGAGCAGCUCAUGUGCACGGCUAUCGACGUGGGCGGCCGGCUGCUCGAAUCGGUGUGUCUGCACAUCCUCCGCACCAACCAGACAGACACCCUCUACGACGAGAUUGCCUCCAAUGCGAUGGCUAUCGCCCGCUCCCGGUCGUCGGUGGGCGGCAGCAGCCACGGGCACCGCAACCGCAACCGCGCGUCGUCCCUCUCGUCCAUGCGGACCAACACGGCCUCGGUGAGUGCGUCUAGCGUCGCGCGCCACCGCAAGUACUCGACCCCCACCCCUCCCUCCUUCAUCCCCUCACGCACCGCCCCCGCACCACCAGCCAUCGAGACGGCGGUACCGCUCGCGGCUCCCCUCCCGGCACUUCGCCGACCUGCUGCUGCGACCAGGGACAGCAUGAAGGAGGAGGGCCGUGAAACGCCGAUGGGCGGGGUGGGGCUGCUGCUCGACUCGGACAAGGAGAGCGAUAGGUCGGGUGGGGUGGACAACCAGCAGCAGCAGCAGCCGCCGCCGCCGGCGGCACAGCAGCAGCUGGAGAGUAGCAAUGGGUUGGUGCAGAUCGGCCAGGCGUUGGCCGAUCCCGGCGACCUGCGGACAUUUGACUUCUCUGCCGCCAAGAACACGUGGAGCGACGAGAAGUUCCAGACCGCCCAGGCGCAGCUGCAGGAGCUGUGGAUACAGAAGGAGAAACUCGAGGAACGGGUGAGUGCGUCAGGGAGGGAGGGAGUGACACACAGUGGUCAACACAGAUAAAUACAUCCAUGGAUUGGAUAAAUGUGUCUUUGUUGCCUCUGUGCCGUGCCUGCAUCAUGUCGCGUUGCAGGCUCAGCGUCUGGCUGCUCGCCGGGAGGAGCUGGCUGCUGAGGCCGAGGAGCAGCAUCUGGCGGCCGCUCUGGCAGCAUCCGCCGCGCAGCAGUCCAGCCCCCGUGCAUACACUUCGCCCCCGAUCAGAUACCCUCCCCCCAUCCCCGAGGACGCCCCACACGUGGUGGUCGAGGGCGAUGCCUUCCAGCUCGACUCGUCGUCGGCCAGCAGCUCCAGUGGCACAUCGCGCCUGCACCCCCACAAUACGGUCAGCGUGCUGCGCCGCGAGCGGGAGGUCGAGACCACCCGCGUGAUGCCCUUUCCAUCUCGCCCACAGCCGCGGUCGACCCACCGGCAGCGGCUGGCGUGGCAGGCGCGCUACGGGCACUUCAGCAAGAAGGGGCCGAUGCCGUCGAUGCAGGGGGUGGGCGGGGUGCCGGUGUGGAUGAUGCAGAGCGGGGUGGACCGCUGGCGCAGACCGCCCGGCAAAGAUAGAGACCCCGUCGCCAACUUCGUCCAGAAACGUCAGUCGGGGAGGGAGGGAGGGAACGAUGAGCUCUCUGCAUCAUGUGUAUGUGUGUGUGUGUGUGUGGUCUUGUGCAGGUUUGAUACAGUUGCAGUCGGUGCGUCUGCUGAUGGUGUCGGCCGAGAUCGUCGGUGCCCUUCCCAAGGCCCCCACAGCUCAGGAGCAGCAGCAGGAGGUGCGCAAGCAGAUGUGCGACUUCCACGUCUGCCAGCAGAAGCUCCAGAGCUUCCUCGCCGGCCGCAAACGCCGCCCCAGAUUCAUCAUGACCUCGUACUCGGUGCAUCCGCCCACGGACCACUACAGUGUCACGGCGCACCACGAGCGAGACGUCGAUAGCGACAGCAACGUCACGGAGAUCAACGUCGUGGCGGGGGCGGGCCGGGAGGAGACCAUCAUGGCCUGCAUGGUGCCGAUGGUGGUGCCUCAGGGGGCCGCUGAGGGGUCUGGGUGCCUGGUGGACAAGAAGCGCAAGGGCGGGCGGGGCAAGAGCAAGCGCAAGACCUUGAUGAGUGCGGCUGCUACUGCCGACUCGUCGUCCUACACGCCGUCGCCUGCAUUCUUCACGACGGCCGGCCAGGACACCCACGAGACGAGCUCCCCGAUCCCCACCGACCACGAGACGUGCGAGCAGGAUCACCAUGACGGCCGCCACAUGCACCACACGCACGUGCACAUACCGCACCACACCCACCUACACCACGGCCACCACCACCACAGCACCGAGGGCAACCAGGACGACCGCGCCGCCGCCACCAACCAGGGCACCGGCAGCAGCGAUGACAACGAUAGCGGGGAGGGAGGGUCGAGCGGGUCUGGCUGUGGAUCUAGUGGCAGCCAGACCCACACUAACACCUCCAGCGACUCGGCCAAGAUGGGCGUCACAUCAGGUACGUCAGUUAGAGACAAUCGAGACAGACAGCAUCGACCAGAAAGAGGGGAAUUCAUGGCUUCACGUGUGUGUCAUAUAUAUGGUUGUGUGUGCAGGCCGUGAGGGCGGUUGUGAGUCCAACGAUAGCGAUAGCCAGCGGGAUGAGCGCCAGGAGGGCAAGGGAGGGGGCGAGUGACCGAUCCCUCCUUCCUUCCGCUAGCUACCUGCCUGACACAUCUCGCUGGCUCGCUGCUUUGUGUGUUUUUCCUUCUCGAGCACUUUUGCUUUUGCCCUUCUGACUGCGUGCGCAUGAAUGCGUUUUCUCUCCAUGACGGCGCUGUGUCUUGCCUGACCUGUCGGCAAGACACAGCGCCUUUUUUAACCCAAGCCCUUUGAUGGGCCGGCGGGCUUGCCCACAGGGGGCAAGCCCAGACAGACAGACAGACAGACAGACAGGAAGGGUUAGGUGAGGCAGCUGGCUGGCUGGCUGGCUUUGCCCCUUCCUGAUCGAUGCGCUUUAAAGGUGUGUCUACCCCUCCCUCUUAUGUAUGUGUCAAUCAACGGGGGCCACGCUACCUGGGGAUGCGAUGCACGCGACAGCUCCUGGGGUCGUGGGUGGAUGGAUGGAUGGACUGUCUGGCUGCUGGGGGAUGGAUGAUCUCUGACCGACUGUAAAUUAAGGUGCUGUCUCGUCUUGUUCGCCACUGAAAUGCUUGUGUGUCCAAGCGAUUCAGUGGUCUGACUCACUCGGACGUGUGUGUAUGUCAUGUCUCACCCUAAGCUCCCGAACGAGUACGCUGCAAACCGUUCGGGGGUGGCAGGCAGAGACACGGCAGACAGACAUGCGCCAGCAACACAACAGCAACCAAGACAGACGCAUUAUCCGGGUACUGACUUGCCAUGUCGCUCGCCUCGCCUAUUUUUAGUCCGCUGCGCGUGCGUCUGCCGGGGGCCCCAGACAUGUCUGUCUUGCUGGGUGGGUGGAUGGAUGGAUGGAGCAUGUCGUCAUGAAUGAGUUUUUCCCCGUAAGUUGUGCGUUGCGCGGCUGGUUGGUCGGAUGGCAGAGUCUAUAUGAUAUACCCAGUCAGUAUGCACGAGUGCGGACGGGGAACUAACCUGCGUCCCUGCAGGUCUCUUUGCCUGCCUGCCUGUCUAUCGUGUCGGUCGUGGCAUGAAGAUGGACGUUGCAUGAUGUCGUGUGGUGUGCUGUGUUGAACGUUUGAGUGAGAGUGAGAGUGAGAGUGUGUGUGUGUGUGUGUCGGUCUCUUUGUCACACAGCCACUCCCGGGGGCCGUGCUGGUUAUGUGUUUGCUGGCGGGGUGGACCUGGUUUACCUGCAGUCAGUCGGUCAGUCAGUCAAUCAGUUAUGGGGUAUCGUACACGAUAUGACAUGACGUGACCGACGUGUGCAGCCAGCCAGCCCUCCCACGCCAGCGAAGCAACCAGCGCGGGACGUUUUUCAUUCGUGAUGAUUGUGAGUCCUCUGUGGAGCGGCCAUCUGCCUAGUGCUUACGAGUGGGUGAGGUGUUGCGUGUGUGUUUGUGCGUGUGUGUAGGGGGUGGGGUCAGGUGAGCUGAUGCGGAUGGAUGGACGGAUUGCUCGUGCCUGGGCAAGUUUCUCGUCUGACAGACACUACUAGCGAGGUCUGUGCAUCCAUUCAGUGAAAGGAACGUCUGUG